AUGUCCAUGCAUAGUGAUGAACUCUCAAGCUUAUCCAACGGUAACUUUGCCACGAAUCAAAUUCCAAUGGCCGCUUGUCUAGAAUUAUCCGACCUGACCUGUGACGACAAAAUGCUUUUGCUCUAUCCGCCUUAUUAUCUUUUCGCUCCUCUCGAAUCGCUUCUCGAUCCAAUGCGCAAGAAAUACGCGAGAAAAAACGCUCCUCCCCCGCGCCCAAGAAAUUCCUGGCUCAUCUUUCGCAAAAAUUUUGAAAGCUUAUUGCGUAAUUUUUGUUCGAACCAACCGUUUACAAUUCAAGAAAUUUCCAAGUUGGCGAGUGAACAUUGGAAAGAACAAUCAAAGUUAGUCAAGCGGUAUUUCAAAGUUCUUUCUAAACUUGCGUAUCAUAUACACAGGAAUGCGUAUCCUGACUACACUUAUAGACCAAGAAAGGCGAAACAUAUUAGGCAAAAAAAGUUGGUGUUUAAAAAAAUAGAUACAGACACAAUUUUGAAAACUAGGUUUUACAAAAACGAUACAAAAGGGGAAAAGGAUGUUUAUGAAAAUUUUGGCAUUGACGAUGCUGGCAGCAACGAAAAUGAAGAUAGUAACAAAUUGGAAUUCAUUUACAAUGACAACUGUUAUGCUAACAGUAGUCAGACUAGCAACGAUAAUGCUGUGUCGUUUAACACACAGUGUAUUCCAAAUAAUUUCUUUACACAUAACAAUACAGUAAACCAGAUGUUUUCUCCGGAAGAGUUUAAUUUGGUCAAUUACAUUAACGACUUGUUUCUUAACCAUUAUUCUACUCAUUUAUCUACACAUUGUAUUUCCCAAAAUUCUCCGUUUGUUCUAUUCUUGUAA